AUGAAGGCAUUUUUAAUCGCUGUGGUAUUCGUUUAUUCCGUUAAUGCUACUUCAAUUGACUGGUGCGAAUAUUGGGCGAGAGUUGGAAAGAAGAGUGAACGCCCUGAAUGUGCUGGAUACGAACUGCCCAACAAAUUAAGAAAGUCUGAAGUUCAAUGUCCUCGAAACGAAGUAUAUAGUUGUUUGGAUUGCGAACCGACGUGCCAGAAUCUGGUGCCGAAAUGCCGCAAGGUACGCCGUCGAUUCGCCACUAUUUUCACAAUCCAUGACACUCGCGUGCAACGAAGUGUACAGGAGCAAUGUAAUCGUGGAUGCGUUUGCAAAACCGGUUUCGCUAGAAAUGCUCAGAAAGUUUGCGUUCAAUUUCGCGAGUGCGUCAAUUAUUAUCCGGUUAACAAUGCUGUUAAAGAAGUAGAACCCCAUGAAGAAGGAACAGUUAUGCAAACUGUGAAGAAAAUGGUGCCAGUAAUUGUGAACGACGUAUGGAAAGCUUUCUUUAAUUCAAUUCGAGACAACCUAAAAAGAAAUUAUCGGGUUUCUGGUGAAGUAAUUCUUCUCGAAGUUGUUCGUCAACUAGAAGAGGAUAAUGAUGAACUUAAGAAGCGUAUUUUUAACAACGCUAAUCGCUGGAUACCAUUGCUGAUUGCUAGUUGUGGGCAUCCUCUAUCAAACAUGGAAAAGUCUGAAAGGUGCAUAAUUUUGGGCCGUCUUUGGAAACAAAUUGAAAGAAAUAUGAAAAUGAUUCCUGUUUGGGCAUGGAAUGCCAAAUUCGAAGUUUUAAAUGAGAACGAAGCGGAUUGGAAUGAAGUUGCAGAAAUGGAAAACUUAAGAAAACAUGGAACAGAGCCAGAUAUUCACACAUUUCACUUUGUCAUUGAUAAAGUUGUUAAAAGCGGGGACAUUGAAGCUUGUCGUAAUAUGGUGUACGAUAUGGCUAGAAAUGGGUUUUCAGUUGAUAAAAAUAUCAACGCUUCGAUGACUUAUUGUUUUUCGAUUCGUGGCCAUUACGCUAAAGCCGAUUCGCUGAUUGAGCAGGCCUCGACGAAGUACGGCGAAUUUGGCGAAAGUCUGGCUCAUGGUGCAGCGGCGCGAGCAGCGGCGUGUCGUGGUGAUAAAAAUCGCCUACGAGUCGUUUUGCGUCGAUGUGUAGACGAAAAAACCAAAAGAUUGCAAAUGUCAACCGAAGAUAUUUUCGAAACAAUUUGGCAUUUAGCCGAAAAAAGUCAUGAUGGUACCGGAUCCGAGUGCGAGCAGCUCAUCGAACAAAUGCUCAAUUGCACGUCGAGAAAUCACGGUUUCUUUCGGAAAAUGUUUAGAGAAGUUGAACGCCAUAUUUCCCAUCGACAUUAUUACUCGGCCUUAGCUCUACUCGAGGACACUAAACGAGUUUCCGAUUGCCUUGAGAAUCAGCAGAGAAGUUUAUUCCUAUAUCAGCUUCUUGGACGCCUUGCUUCGCAACUAAUUCGAAACCAUGAACCAGCCCAUUUGAUUCGAGAUAUUGCCAAUCGAGUACACUUUGCUUUCAAUGGAAAACGAUCGAAAUUCCGUGUUCGAAUUUACGAUGAUUUGCUUUUCGCAGCUCUUAUGCUUAAGGAUUUGAAUCUCGAAGAUCGUAUAGAGUAUUUUCGAACAUUUGUGGAUGAUAUUGAUGCCAAAAGGGAAAGAAUUCACAUUAGCCUUCCUUUAAUAUCCUCAGAAUCUGAAAUUGAUCAGCGACUUGCUAUCAUUUUCCGUCUCUCCAGUAUGGGGUACAAAGACUGGUCAUCUAUCGAUAUCGAGCCUUUAAUCAAUAUUAUUCUACAACCAAUUUAUGAUCAUGGAAGACCCAGAAGAGAUAUGUCAAGACUUGAUAAAGUUGGAAGGAUUCUCAAAAGUUAUGGAAUCAGCGAUAAGAAUUUAUGGAUGAUGAUGUUCAAUUGGUCCAAGAAAAGAGCAUUUGAGGAACAUCGCAAAAUGGAAGAACUAUGGGAAAAGCCAUAUUCGAGAGAUCUCAGAGGAUGGUGUAAGGCCUACUAUUCCAGUACUUACGAUGUUCCAAAGUCAUCAAAAAAAUCACCGGUGCGAGUGCCUUAUGAAAAAUUCAAAUCGUGCGUCGAACAAGGGGACAUUGCGAAAGUCGCCUCGAUACUUUCAAGUGCAGAAAAUGGUGGUGGAUGGCCAACUGAUACAAAUUUUGAGGAAAUUGUUCCUAAAGUAAUCGAAUUGUAUCUGAAUCACGAGUCUUGGAAAAAUGUUAAAAAUAUGCUGAUAAAUUUAUCCUCAUUGUCAUCCACGUGGAAUGAAGAACCGGUGAAGACACCAGUGAAAAAUUUCCACCUUUUAAUGAUUUUGAGAAGAAUGGCUGAAGAAGAGGAAAAGUUUUCUGUGCGCCAACUCACUGAUUAUGCAUAUGAGCUCCGAAAUUUGUUUCCAUAUGCAUUGUCUCACUACGAGAGUUUUUUUGAGUCGCAAAACGAGUACAAGAAAUUAUUUGCCCUUUGUUUUGAGAGAUUGGAAAAAGUUGGACUGACGCCUUCCUCAAUUGAUGAACUAAUUGAUUUCUUACGCUGUUUGGUUAAGAUUGAACUCAUCCAACUGCACCCAAGCGAGACGUUAACAGUAUUCUUCAUCAAUAUUGUUUUAAAGCGAGUAGGAUGGGAAGAGGCUCUGAAUACAUGGCAGAAAUUUCUGUCGGGACUGCAUUGUCCAAAUGGAACCGUCGCACUUUUGCGGCACUGCCUUUAUCAGAAUACGGAUGAAGCUAGAACUAAUAUGCAAUAUGUUAUUCAUCGUGGUUCGACAUUUCUCUCGAAAUCGCGAAUUGCCGUAAUGCACAUUGCCGUCUUGAUUGGAAUGCGAAAAUAUGAAGAUGCCGAGAAGGCUUGCGACAUUUGUGGAGAUUCAAUUGAUUCCAAUGAUUGCUUGAUGGCCAUGAAGUUAAUGAACUCGUUGAAAUCAAGAUCGUUGGACGAGCAAUUUAUGUUGGAUUUCGCUGCAAUUUGUCUAAGACGUCUCAGAUUGUCACAGAACAAAGAAGCUGCACAAAAUAUGCAAGCUGAUUUGCUUAGGAUAUGCGAUUCCAAACAAAUGGGUCCCACGGCGUUGCGGGUUUAUGAACUUUUUUCGGAUUAUGAGGUUGCGCUCCGCCAUGACGAAAAGAGUCGUCUGGCGGCUGCCAUUGAGAAACAUUCGAUGUUGGCAAAAAAAUGGAUGCUGAAACCAAAUGGAUUUUUAAACCUGACGGAGAAUGAUGAGAUUAUUACCAAUAGCGAUGAAGCCCGAAUUGAGAAGAAGCUUAAAAAAGAGUUGAAUGUCACGGUUUAA